CUGCGAGGCUUUGUCAUCUCAUUUCCUCAAUGCCUCGGUGUCUCCCCGCAACUUGAGCUUCCGGCAUAGUAACAGCUGGGCCAACCGUCUUCUAUAACUGUCUCUGAUUACAUGAAAUUUGCCUCCGAUCAGCUUUCAUCAGUUUCAUAUCACCCUAGCAUCCCUAUCCGAGUAUUCGUCUCAGGGCCAUAUAAAGGCCCAAUGCUUGUUCUAAGCCGCGCGAGGGCGAAGACUAUUUUCCGUCUCAACUGUCAGCCGUGGUCUCAAACUACCCCCUCGCGGCCAGUAGCAGCUGCGCAAUAUCGAUUCGCCAUAAGCUCCCAGGGCUCCCAAUAUUCGUCAAAAGUGGAGCCAACAGGCGGCUCUGCGAAGAAUGAUUUCUCAUCAAUCACCUACUCGGAAAAUCAACCUGCCGACCUGCCGAACCGUGUAUCCAACCUAUCAGCAUGGAAGGUCACUCCGUCAAGAAUGGGUUUGAUACGGCAGUACACUUUUCCCACUUUCAAUUCCGCCUGGCGGUUCAUGUCUCUUGUAGCGGAUGAAUGCAAGGCGAAGCGACACCAUCCGUCAUGGCAUAACCUUUACAAUCAGGUCACUGUGGAAUGGACUACGCACAAACCCCAGGGUCUGAGCAUCAAAGACGUUGAAAUGGCUGAAUUCUGUGACCGAACCGCCCAGCAAAUCGGACUGAAGGAGAACGCUGCGUCGCCAACGGCAAGUACCCCACCGUCGUCAUGAGGGUUAAUCCAUCAUUGCAGUAAUAUGCGGAAAAACGGCGCGUGGAGAAUAUCAGCCUUUUUCUCCGUCGGACGUCCUUUUGCCAGCGUCAGUCUGCCUUGGGUUGAGGAGCAGAUCGUUAGUUCCCUGGACCUGCUGCGACGCUUGGUUCCUGUCCUACGGAAUGGAUCAUCUAGCUCGUGCCGUUGCUUACCACUCCAUCCGCUUGUAAACUAGUACGGCUACUAUCAACUAUCUUUCUGUAUAUCAUUAAGGC